ACUAAUGAAACUGAAUUAUUUCGAUGAAUGAAUUAUUUUUCUAACUAAAACUUAAACUAGAAUUUGUAACUUUUUCAGGGAAGUACGUCUUGAAUUUUCUUAAUUAUACGGAGAAUGUGUCAUCAAAAUAGGCAAGAUUCUAAUUGACGAACAUUCGUUGUUAGAAAUUGUUAGAAAUAAACAUGACGAACUCUUAUAUUCAAAACCAAUCAUGGGUAUCGCACUUGCCAGAGGAAGACAAGUACCGGUUCAUCAACAAGAAAUGCGUUGACAAGGUGAUACCUAAAGUCCUAAGGAAGGUACUCGAAUGGGGGUGCAAGAAAGAGCCAGAUCAAACGUACUUUGAGUAUAUUAGCUUGAAAUGCAAGUGCAACCUCAAGAAACUUUUCCAGUUCCACGAACGGCAGUUGGAUUCAACGAGCAGUGAAAGCUAUGACACAUCAAUGUUGUAUGAAGUCAUACCAUUUGCAUGCGAAGGAGUUACUAAAACGCGUUCUUGUGAGUGGGCCAAGGCAAAGGAGGACCCAACUACUCUAGAGUAUCACCUAUACAGGGUUAAGGUGCUGAGGAACUCCGUGAUUCAUGAUCCCGAAGGAAAAGGAGUUAGCAAAAACUUCAUAACCGAAGUGGGCAGGCCGUUAAGGGAUCUCAUUUUGGUAUCGGCACGUAAGUUCAACGUGGACCGUGAUGAAGCGGAGGAGUUCUGCGCUUCGGUUGCCUCGGACAUACAAACCGUUGAAGAGGGGAUUAUAAGCUGUCGCGAGAAAGAGGUGUCUGCGGUCUUGAAGGCAGUGCGAACCCAAGGUAAAAUUGAAAUGAAAGCCAAACGCGAAGCAUACCUAACCGAAGAAUGUCUCCCAUUCAGCCAAAUAAAAGUGCCCUUAAAUGAAGUGUUUCACAGCAUAACGCUCGUGUGUGAAAACACUCAACGUGAAGUCAACUGUAACGAAUUGUUCGCAGAAACCGAAGAAGAUUCUGCUCAGUGUGUGGUAGUGCAAGGAGCAGCUGGAUCUGGCAAGAGUACUUUAGUAAAGCGUAUUGCCUUAGAUUUCCUUGAAAUUGCUGCAUCAGAUAGUAUCUUCCACGGACUCAAUCUAUUUGGCGCUAUACUUCACAUCGAAUGUCGAGAAACGAAAGUUUCUACUCUGGGACAAUUCGUUCGUAACAGCUUCCCGUUAACACUCAAAAUUUUCACAGAUUUUUCCCAAGAUGCUGCGGAAGCGGUGCUAAAUUCCAGAACUUUGAUAAUAAUAGAUGGCAUGGACAACCUGACCAGCAUCACAAAAGAGCUGGUCAAAGAUGUUCUGAAAACUUUUAAUGGGGGAGAGGGUUCACGGAUGCUCGUCACCUCUAGGCCCAGUGCUGCCAAAGACUUCAUCCAGGACUUGGAGGCAGCCAGCAUAUCUCACGACUGUUAUUCCAUUAAGGAUAUCAGUGUGAAUGAUGAGCAACUCAAGUUCCUGCGGCGCUACGAAAAAGUCAUACCGGAUAUCCGGGCUCCAGAUCUCGUGGAGGCCUUCAAAGGACUGCAAGGAGCUCGAAGCUAUUUCAUCUAUCCCGUUUACCUGGCACUCUUCUGCCACCUCUUCCGCACGAACCCAGAGGGUGUCAACUGCCUGACUUCACCAGAGAAUCUCAUGGAGCAGACCUUGAGGCUAGGAGAAGUAAAAGUGGAGCAGAGGGUGUCAGAACAUGUCAUUGUCAACCCUGACAUCGUGGCAUCCAUUAUCUGUGAUAAAAUCUGCGACUUGAGUCUAAAAUGCCUGCACAUGGGAGAGCAUAAAGUAGACUCGGAGACUUACAAGGAGUUUUGUCAAGAAUGCUACAAAGUAAUCGGCAAAGAACUGCCGUACAAAUCAAUCUUGUCAUGUCUCAUGACAGCUAAGAAAUCUCGGGCUGAUCCCACGGAAGGGACGUUCGAAUGGUUCCACAAGUCAUUUGCAGAGUACUUGGCUGCCAAGACACUCAUCAGGACGCUACGAGCACGAAAAGAUGUCGAUAUCUUGCAGGUCAUAAGUGAGAUCACUGGGAUGCCCGUAACCGAGGCAGACUUAAAGAGGUACCAGAACGUGAUCCUGUUCACGGUGCUCUACAUCAACAGCGACUCCAGAAAGCUACGGCUGGGGUCUUCACUGCGUCAGCUGCUGAGGCUGCUCAGCACCACCAGUACCCCAGCGCAGGACUGGAUCCGCAUCGUCAACCUGUGGCCCGACGACGAUGAGGUGGCCAAGAUCGCCGCACGCUCCGCCGCCGUCUCCUCGUCCGAGUGGCGAGUGCAGGACUCGAAUGACUGCGGGAGCGUCGCAAGGAUGCUGCCCCACUCCCAACCCCUCAUCCUUAACCUCGCCCUCCCCCGGUCUGUGUCCACCCCUCCCCUCAUCCUCGCCGCCAUUGGACAACACUUCAAGGGGACGCUUAAGCUAGACAUGCGGCGCUCGCAUGACAACUUCAUGCCAUGUGAUGACAUGGUGGAACACAACCUCAGCGGUGCCAGGUGCGGGUUGGUGCAGUUCAGGGGGUGCCUGGGUGGGCGGGAGGCCGCCGCGGCGGCGCUGGGGGCGGCGGUGGACGAGGCGGGGGGGCUG